AUGACCUUCUCCUUCCUCCAGAACAGAAAAUUCUCUUUCAUGCUAGUGGUAAAGAAGAACCAUUUCUGCCAAGGGACUCUUACCAAUAAUACCAUCACACCCUUAAGAGAUAAUAGAACCUUCAUCAUUGCUCCAUACUUUGACAAUAGGAAGGAAAAAAUAACACGAGUGAUUGCAAUAGCACACCACAAAGAGGUGAAAGAGAUGUACUGCUGGUUCUGCCACCCAUCCAGAGAUGAAAUAUAUAUAUCCAAAGCUAAAAUUCAUGUACUUUCUGAUAGAUUUGACUUCCCUUAUGGUGCCACGCACUUGCAUUGCCUGGAACCAGAAGACUGGGAUCCACAUUACAUGACUAUACAUUGGUCUCCAAACAUCACUACUGACCCACUACCACUAUUUGCAAUUAGAAACCGUGAAACUGACCGUCCCCUUCUGGAUUUCACAGUAUGCAUCUCCACCAUGUUUGGAGGGUACAACAACGUCCUGCAGUUUGUGCAGACCGUGGAGAUGUAUAAAAUCCUCGGGGUGGACAGAGUGGUGAUCUACAAGAACAGCUGCAGCCCACUGAUGGAAAAAGUGCUGGAUUUUUAUAUUGCAAAAGGGACUGUUGAGAUAGUUCCCUGGCCUAUUGAUUCAUACCUCAACGUUUCUUCUCACUGGCAUCACGCAGCAGAUCCCAAGGAUAUUGGCUACUAUGGACAGGUUACAGUCUUGAAUGACUGUGUCUAUCGCAACAUGUACAAGAGCAGAUACGUGCUGCUGAAUGACAUAGAUGAAAUUAUUCUGCCCAUUAAAUAUCCAGACUGGAAAACCAUGAUGCAGAAGCUUCAGGAGCAACAUCCAUGGGCUGCUGUUUUCUUCUUUCAGAGCCAUCUUUUUCCUAACCAUGUAUUCACCCCCAAUGAUCCAUUCAACAUUUCCUCUUGGAGGAAGAUACCUGGCACUAAUAUACUGCAACAUGUCUUCCGGGAGCCUGAUAGGAACCCGAAUGAGAACCCUCGGAAAAUGAUCAUUGAUCCAAGGAAAGUGAUCCAGCAAUCCGUACACAAAGCUCUCUGGGCAUAUGGAGGCAAUGUUUAUGUCCCAAUGAAUGUUGGCUUUAUGUUCCAUUACCGAUCUACUAAGCAACCACAGCUUCCAAAAGAAUCCCUCAUUAGGGACACAAGUCUCUGGAGAUAUAAUGCCUCUUUGGUUGAGAAUGUCAGCAAAGUGCUCCAUCAAAUAGGACUGUAAGAUAGGGGAUAAAGCUGAAGGAGCUCCCAUUGAUGGCCAUGGAUUUAGCUUAACUAAAUUGUAGAGCUGUAGAGAUAAAAGCAAUGGAAAGAGGUGAUGGGAGGCAGUCAUUUAGGCCCUUCCACUGACAGUCAGUGCAAGCGUUCCACCUCGCCUUGUUCUAGCCAGUGAGAGAACUCAUGGCUGUGAUGAACCUGGCCAGCAAUUGGUAGCUCCAUUUGUGUUUUCUGCUUUUUACCAUGCAGCCCUAUACAUCCAGUCACGCUGAGUCUAAACUUGAGUUAGCUUGCAUAGAGUUGAACUGUUUAACUUCUUUUGGCUUCUAAAAGAAGUAACUUUAGGGGAAAGUAUUGCAGGCCUUCUUGUGAGUCUUCGAUUUAUUACAUUGCAGUUGUUUGGAAUAAUGAGUUACUCUCCAUCUUUAACAAUAUAAAAGGGCUAUUCCUCAAAAUGCACUGACCCGGAUAGCCCAGGUGAGCCUGAUCUUGUCAGAUCUCAGAAGCUAAGCAGGGUCAGCCUUGGUUAGUAAUUGGAUGGGAGACCUCCAAUGAAGACCAGGGUUGUAGAGGCAGGUGAUGGCAAACCACCUCUGUUAGUCUCUUGCCAUGAAAACCCCACCAGGGGUCGCCAUGAGUCAGCUAUGACUUAAUGGCACUCUUCACUACCACAUCCACCCAAAUAAUAAUAAAAACAUAAUAACAGUGCACUUAUAUACUGAUCUUCUAGACAUAUUAGUGCCCCAUUCAGAAUGGUGAACAAAAUCCAUGUUAUUAUCCACACAAUGCAGCUGGCUUACCGAAGGAGGUGUGGCUUACCCAAGGCCACCUACUGAGCUCAUGGCAGAGUGCUGAUUCACAGUCCAACCACUUAACCACUAUGCCACAGCAA